CUCCCUACAAAAAAGGAGAAAGAGACCGAGAAGGGGAGCUUUGACUCAUAGGCCUAUUGCUCCUCUUCUGCCCGACCCACAGCAAAACUGAGUCCACGCUGAGCUCAGGAAUCGAUGUACAAGUACACCGGCAUCCCCGGCUCCGACGUCAUGCGCAGCCGCGCCGACGGGCAGCUAGUGGCCGUCACGUACAUCCCGCGAGGGGAGCAGGUGGACGAGGCCGUGCGGCGGGAGAUCAUGAGGCACCGGUCGCUGCGCCAACCCAGCGUCGUCCGCCUCAGGGAAGUCGUCCUCACCCCGACGCACCUCGCCGUCGUCUCGGAGCACGCCCCCGACCUCCACCGGCGGGUCCGCGACGCCGGCCGGUUCGGCGAGGACGAGGCGCGUCUGCUGUUCCGGCAACUGGUAUCAGGAGUCAGCUACUGCCACUCCAUGCAAGUCUGCCACCGUGACCUGAAGCUGGAAAACAUUCUGCUGGAUGGGGGCUGCGCGGGGCCUCCUCGCCUCAAGAUAUGCGGCCCUGGCGUUUCAAAUCGUCAGUCGCAGCCGGGAGCGCCCAGAGCGUCUGACCAAACACGUGUGUACAUCGCUCCUGAGGUUUUUCAGCAAAGGGAAUAUGGUGGCAAGAUCGCCGAUGUGUGGUCCUGUGGAGUGACCCUCUACGCCAUGCUAGUCGGUGCCUACCCCUUCCAGUGUCCUGACGACGAGCCAAUAAAUUUUAGGAAGAUAAUUCAGAGGAUACAGAGCGUGGAAUACUCAGUUCCAAAUGACCUGCACCUAUCUGCCGAGUGCCGGGACCUCAUUUCCAAGAUCUUUGUUGCUGACCCAGCUGCUAGAAUCACGGUGCCUGAGAUAAGAAACCAUCCAUGGUUCUUGAAGAAUCUCCCGGCUGAUGAUAGCACAAUGAGCACCGAGGAGGCAGAGCAGCCGACGCAGAGCAUGGAUGAGAUGAUGCAGAUCCUAGCACUGGCAGAGGCACCAUAUCUACUGCCGAUGACAUAGAAGAAUUUGUAGAUUCAGACCCCUAUAUUGACAUCACCACACGCUAGUACACCUCAUAUAUAUUUGAUAUAUUUUCAAACAAAUUCCAUAUGUUACAAGGUAUCAAAUCUCAAAACAUCAUAGCAGCAGGAAAACUAUAUAGCUACAAUAACUUGACCACAAGAUGGCCAGAAGGGGAUAAAUUUGAGGUUAUCGCUAGUUGGGCUGCCCAUGCUUUGAUUUCCCCCAAAUUGUUACUCUUGUUGCUCGUGAUGGUUUUCAUUCUUUUCAAUAUUGCACAACAUUUAGCUUACUGGAUUAAUUAACCAUGCUGUUGUAAUAUUGCUUGAAUAUCUCGCUAAUAUGAGAACUGGUUGGUUAUGUUGAACAAUGUUUAA